AUGACUCAAGAUACAGAAACAAGACCUUUAAACAUUCUUAUUGUUGGAGCAGGCAUUGGUGGUUUAACCGCUGCGCUUGGUCUCCGCCAACAAGGGCAUAAAGUAACACUAUUCGAGAGAUCGCAAUUGGCGAGAGAAGUCGGAGCUGCUAUUCACGUGGCUCCCAACAGUCAUGGACUUUUGAAGCGAUUUGGUGUUUAUCCUGAGACAUUUGGCGCAAAUCGUGUCGAGGGUGUCACUGAGUAUACACAUGGUGGGCACCUCAAGUUUGAUAACCACCUCAAAGGACCACUUUCAGUCUGGGAGCACCCGUGGGUUCUUGCGCAUCGCGUCAGUCUCCAUGAAAACCUAAAGAACCAAGCAACCUCGAGCGAAGGCCCUGGAACACCAGCUGUUCUCAAGACCUCUAGCCCAGUAGUCGGUGUCGAUCCGUCAACGGCGACAGUCAAGUUCGAGGAUGGCACUUCAGUAUCUGGAGACUUGGUUCUUGGAGCUGACGGUGUCAGCUCGAUAACGCGGUCCAUUGUCACUGGCACAGAUAUCAAGCCUUAUGGCUCUGGAAAGAGCGCUUUCAGAUUCAUGAUUCCCCAUUCCAAAUACCUCAAUGACGAAACAACCAAGCCUUUCGCGGAGCGCACAGGAACCAUGACAAUGUGGGUAGGUGAUGACAGAAGAAUCAUCAUGUAUCCUUGCUCCAAUAACACUGUCAUGAACUUUGUUGCCAUACACCCGAGCAAUAUCACCUCUGGGGCAAACAAGGGAUCUGGCUGGGGACAGGGCGGCAGCAAGGAACUUCUUCUCGAGGUUUACAAGGACUUUGAGCCCAGAGUUCGCGCUAUUCUCAACUUGGUUGAUGCCAGCGAUUUGAAGCUUUGGACUCUGUUGGACAUGGACCGCAUUCCAACAUGGCAUAAAGAGCGACUUGUCUUGCUUGGAGAUGCGGCUCACCCAUUCUUACCUCAUCAAGGACAGGGUGGUGGUAUCGCCAUUGAGGAUGCAGCAUCGCUAGUGGCCCUGCUUCCUUACGGUACAACAGCCGAUGAUAUUCCCAGUCGCCUUUCUCUGUACGAGAAAAUUAGAGACGAGAGAGCCCAUAUGGUGCAACUCUUCACCAGACAAGCAGGCGAGGAUCUUGAUGAGGAGACGCGAGCCAAGUUCAACAUUUACAAGUUCCUUAACUACAAUUUCGGCCAUGAUGAGUGGCACAACACCAAGAAAGCUCUCAGAGAUCAUCUCUGGUCGCAAAACAAGAACCUGCACUGGAAGUCUCCAGUAUCAUUCGGCCCCAUGCCCAGUCCUCGACAAGAUUUCCAUGGACAACGAUAUAACGGAAAUGAUUCUUCGUUCACCACUUGGUCUGUCCGUUUCAAGUCUUCAGCUACGUAUCUCAAGACUCUCUUCCCCACAGACAAGUUCAGCUUCUACAAGCCUGGCACUGUCGCUGAAGCUACAUACUCCUGCACUGAGUUGAAGGGCAUGAAGUGGCUUGGUGGUGGCGGUUACAAGUUCUUUGGUCUUUGGAUACACGGUGUUCAGUAUGAGAAGAAGGAUGGCAGCAAGAUCUAUGGAUCGUUCCUAGCUGUUCUUUUGGAGAACCUGGCUGAUCCUAUCGUCACGGGCCGUGAGGAGUUGGGUAUGCCUAAGCUCUUUUGCGAUAUUGAUGUUGUGGAGAAGGGAGCCAACACUAGUAUCCGCUGUAGUUGGCGAGGAGCAGAGUUCGUUGAUAUCACGCUCAAGGGUCUUGGAGAAGCUACCAACGGACAUGCAAAUGGUGCCAACGGCACAAACGGUACCAACGGCCAUCCCCCAACUGUUGGUCCCCCAGGCGCCCCUCCUCUGCCAGAAGAACAGGGCCUUCUGAUAUACCGAUAUGUUCCUGCCGUGGGCCAGCCUGGUGUUGCUGAUGCCGCAUAUCCUGUAUUUAUCGAGAAUGGGUUGGAGACGACGAAGCGACAGGUUGAGAAGACGUUGGUUGGAAGUGGUGGUGAUUUGGAUCUUACCUCUGGUACCUGGGAUACGUUGCCUACCUUGAACCAUAUCGCGACUGGGUUCUCUGAGAUUCCUGUCUAUGGCGUUGUUAAGAGUAAGGUUGAGUAUGGAAGGGGUGUGGAUGAUAUUUCUCAUGCUCGAAGGGUUGAGUAG